AACACAGAAAAUAAUAGACGCGGGAAAAAGAGCCGUUGCUAACUAAAUCUCUCAAAUUUUGGCGCCAAAAUUCUUUUUCCACUCGUUUAUUUCGGCUGCCCGUAGUAACCCGGGCAGCCGCCCCUCAAGCUUAGCUUUUUUUUUUUUUUUCAAAAUAAAAAUUAUAUAUAAAUCUUUCUUUUUAUCUCUUUCCCUCAAAUCUCUUACUUAUUAUUUUUCUCUUCAAAAUCUCUCCCUUUUCGUUUCCCCUCUUUCAAAGCUAAUUUUCCCUGUCUUUUCUUCAAGAACCCAAAAAAUCUUAGUAUCCAAAGACCCUUUGCUCUUAUUCCCUCUACUCUACUCUUUCUUAAAUUAUUUUCUUGAUUUUGUUCUGAUUCUUGAAUCAUUUUCUCUUAUACCCUCUUACAAUUCUCUUCUGGAUUUUGUUCCGAUUCCUGAAUCAAACCCAAUAUUUUCUUUUCUUUUCUUUCCUUCCCUUGUUUUCUUGGUUCUUGAUUCUACUCAUUUUGCUCUGUUCUUGUUUUUGUUUCUUUGUUUUUUUUGGCACUACUCUUUCUUGGGUUUUCUUUCUUUUAAUUAGAAAACUUUCUGAUUGAAAAACAUGGGGUUCUCUAAGAAAUCACAAGUGGACUCUGGGUUAGAUUCAGAAGGGAAGAAAUGGGUGAUUGCUGGAAUCGCUAUUAGGACUUCCCUGAAGCCUAUAAGCACGAGGCCAAGAGCUAAAGCUAGCGAAAACGGCGAUGAUAGUGAAGAAGAGCAGUGUUCCACUACUCCAACUGCAAAAGAAUCAAGAAUACCAGAAAGAUUGCCAUGCCCGCCUGCUCCAAGAAAGCGAAGGCCUUCUAGGUGUAACUAUAACAGUGGUGUUAGAGAGUUCUUUAGCCCUCCUGACUUGGAAUCAGUAUUUAAAUGCUAUGUUGAGAAAGCAAAUUGAGAGUGACAAGCCUGAAUCAACAUUAGCUAGCUAGUUUGGCCUCAAGAAUGAUUUUAGUUAAAUACUUUAGAGAAUUUGUAGUUUAUUUCGUCUCCUUUUCUUUUCUGGUGUUCUUUGUUAUCUAUCUUUUUAUGUUUUUGUAGUGAUUAGGAGCUGAAGACUGAAGUUGUACAAAGAUGAUAUAUUUAUGACAUGACUAGUUUUUUCUUCUUUUUUUUUACCUUUUUCUUUGCUAAGUGAGGAGUUUAUUGUAUUGUUUUUUUUUUUUUUUUCCUUCCAAGUUUCUUGCUUUAGGGUAAUGUUUUUGUUAUUAUUAUUCUCACCUACUGCUACUGCUGCUUGUAUUGAGCACAAGAAUGCACCUGAUGUACUAGUUUGGUUUCAUUCAGCCUAGAAAAGAAGCUCAUAUAUAUUUAUUUUUAUGUUCUAUUGUUACCAA